UCCGCUAUUACUUCUAGCAUACACAAUUUUGUUCAAACUCAAAUACUUAUAAAAUAGUAAAAUACUAUGGUUCAAUUACAAAGAAAUCCCAAUCCCUAACGGACAAGAAUUGAAAGCUUACUAUAAAUACCCUAACCGCGUUGCUGGUAGUUAAUUUCGCCAUUGUCGUGAGCUAGAAAUCAGAGCAUUGCUAUUCCUUCGUCUACUCUUUCCCAAAUUUUUUUUCCUGUCAAAAAUCCUAUGGCAACCGCGAUUCUUCGCACCGAAGACUGUCUCCGUAAUCGGUUCCGUCUUGAAACCCUGAGCGUUGACCAUCCUCUGAGAUCUCGUAGAAACCCUAACCCUAAGAUAACCAAACCUAAACCCAACAACGAUUUUUCCAGCUCUCGUCGUCGAAAGAGGAGUUCUGUAGUGUUCCAAUCGAAUAACGGAAGGCAAUCCGAACCCAUGGUGGCCAAACCGCCUGGGAAGAAUCUGGUGAUGGGCCAGGUCAAGAUCCUGAAACGUGGGGAAACGUUGACCGCCUCCCCGGAGAAGACCGAUCGUGGAAGGAUACAAGGAUCGAGGGGUGAAGAGGAGUUUGAUUUGGCGUUGGGGUCGACGAACCGGCUGGGCCCAGAUCCGGAAACGAUGCAAAAGCAAAUUAAGCUUAAGGAAUUCAAGAUUGGUGGCGGACUUUACGCCGGUUCUGCUUCUUUCUUUUCGCCGCCGCCCAGUUCUCUUCCGGUCCCUGGGUUUUUGGGAAAGACCGCAAGGGCAUCCUCAUAAUCGUUCCGGCGAUCAUCAAAGCUGGAUUUCGUACGACUCCCAUUGGGAAAAUCCGGAUAGCCGAAUGAGCUUUGGGUUACCAUGGAAUUUCUUGCUAUUGACUCUCAUGUUAUUCCUUUAUUUUUUCAAGAGGAAGAGAAUUGAGUGGAAGCAAAGGAAUGAGUAAAAGAACUUUCUUUUGCGUCUUUAUCUCCUUGAUUAGGUAAUCAUUUGUCGAUUGAAAGAAAGGAAUUAGGUUUUGUGUUGUUUUUCAACAUUUCUUACUGUUAGAACGUGUAAAUUCUUUUAAUAUUUGGUUUCUGUCAAGAUUGAAAAUGUGUUGUUUUCAUAGGUUUAGAAAUUAGAGGAUUUCAGUUUCUUAUAUGUAUCACCAAUAGUCACUUCGAUUUGGUGUAACUGUUAAAAAUUUUAAUAAUGCAAUGAUAUCGUAGGCUUGGAAGAGAAGCUUGGUUCCUUUCUUUGAAUUGUUCAUUUGUUCGCUGGUUUUUAUGGUUACCAGCACACUGGAAUGCGUUUGAAAUGGUAUGGCGGAUGCUAGUUGCUAGUGGUAUCGGGUGAUCUCUGCUUCUAUGUGUGACUUCAAUUUGUUAUACAGGAGAAGGAAGAACGUUGAGGAGUAAAGCCGGGAACAGAAGCUUGCCUCGCAAACCUUUGCCUACAAUGGAGGUUCAGAUGUGGAGGGCUCAGUCUCAAAAGGCAGUUCAGACGGGAAAGGUGACUCCAUGGGUAGUGGCACUGAAGAUGACAAGCUUCGAGAAGUUGAUGGUGAUGGUAAAGAGCAUGAUUUUGAUUAUAGUAGAAGAAAAGAUGUGAUGACAACAAUGGUAGUAACUCGCAAUUCUUCAGAUGAAAAGGAAAAUUUGGGCGAUGAGAACACUGAGAAAGACAUGUCCAUGGGAUCACAAUGGCAUAAGAGAUAGGCUGGUAAUGCUAUCCAUCCUGCUGUGGGAACUGGAAACUUGGGCACAAAUAAUAGAUUGAGGCAAAGGCCAGUCAAUUAACUCUGCCGUUGGCACUAUUGUGCCUGAUUCAUAGGUGAUAUCUCGUUAGAUAAUACAACAGUGGCAUAUCAGGUCUCUAAAACUUGCUUAGAGAAUUCCAACUAAAUUUUGUAUGCGCCUUUUGCCUUUGCUGUCUUUUCAUGCAUGUACUUGUUAAUGAUCAUCUCUAACUCCGAGCCCAUUGCCCCUACCCCAUGUUUACUCUUCAUUU